AUGGCAUCAUUCAGCAAUAACAGUAUAGUCAGACACAACAGCGAAGACGCAGAUAAAGUACGCGUACGCAUUAGCAACACCACCAAUGCAUUCGUAGAGCACACCAUCCAACGCUCACUCAUCACAACCUCCGCCGUCCUCAUUUCGCAACUCCACCACCCUUCGAUCCACAUCCACUGGAACGGUACACUCGAUGUAUUCGCAAUGUACCGCGCAUGGCUAUACUCGCGCGAUGUGCUCACAAAAUCCGAACUCGUUGGCAAGGAUCCGUCAGUGGGAACUACCAAGUUUGAGUACAUAAAUCUCAUAGCCUGCUGGGGCAUGGGGCAGACACUCCAAGACGCAGUAUAUCAAGAGCUAGUAAUUUCCUCAGUCAUCCAGCGUCUACAAACCUGGACAGGGACGGACACGCCACCAUUCAUAUACGCAUUGACUGCGCCUGUUGUGGACGGUGUAUGGCGAGAAACGGUGGCCGGUGCCCCGAUAAGGAGGCUGAUUAUUGACACAACGGCGCGCUUGGGGCACGCAGCGGACUUCCAACACUUCAGGGAGGAUUCAGGUUAUCCGAUAGCGUUCAUCAAGGACCUGAUGGUUGCGUUGGGGAGGGGAAACGACCUGCAGAUUACACGAGGCUCGUCACUGAAGCGUAAUCAGCCUGCACAUCCUAAGUUUCCCCUUCCUCCACCUCCACCUCCCGCAACAGCAACAUCAAGACCGCCAGCGCCAUUCUUUCAUUUUAAACCCGAUUUGGAUGUCCAGCAAAACUCGCCGUCCAUCCUUCGGAGGAGUUCUGUGUCGAGUCCGGGUGCUACUGCUAAGCACGUCCACUUCGAAGGAGAGGGAGAAAGUUCCGCGGAGGAUGAGAGGUGUAGUGCAGUCAGUAGAAUAACAGAAAGCAAUCCAUGAUUACAACCC